AUUUUGUCCUUUAUUCUUCCAUUCUUCGCGUCGUCAUCAUUUAUCAUUAUCAUCGAGAAGAGAUUCAAAUUCAAACCCUAAUCGAUAAGAUGAGAAUCACACAAAACGUCAAGCUCUUACUCUUCUUCUUCUUCUUCAUCUCCUUCCUCUUCAUCGCCGUAUCCGCCGGCGAGUCUAAAUGCGAGUGUUCACACGAAGACGACGAGGCAAACAAAGCCGGAGCAAAAAAAUACAAGAUCGCCGCAAUUCCUUCCGUUCUGGCCGCCGGAGUUAUCGGCGUUAUGUUUCCGUUACUAGGCAAGUUCUUCCCGUCGCUUAAACCGGAGACGACUUUCUUCUUCGUGACGAAAGCCUUCGCCGCCGGCGUAAUCCUCGCAACGGGGUUUAUGCAUGUGUUGCCUGAAGGUUACGAGAAGCUGACGUCACCGUGUCUGAAAGGAGAAGCCUGGGAGUUUCCGUUCACAGGCUUUAUCGCGAUGGUCGCUGCGAUUUUGACUCUUUCCGUUGACUCUUUUGCCACGUCGUAUUUCCAUAAAGCGCAUUUUAAAACGUCUAAGAGGAUUGGUGACGGUGAGGAACAAGACGCUGGCGGUGGCGGUGGCGGUGGAGACGAGCUCGGGUUGCACGUGCAUGCUCACGGUCACACGCACGGGAUUGUUGGCGUGGAAUCUGGUGAAUCCCAGGUUCAGCUUCACCGGACUCGAGUUGUUGCACAGGUGUUGGAAGUGGGAAUAAUAGUACAUUCAGUGGUAAUAGGAAUAUCACUGGGAGCAUCACAAAGUCCAGACACUGCCAAAGCUCUCUUUGCUGCUUUAAUGUUUCAUCAAUGCUUCGAGGGUCUUGGUCUUGGUGGUUGCAUCGCCCAGGUAAUUAUAUCCUCUCUUUUUUCAUAAUUUUCUUUUAAUAGAAGAAUCAUAAUUAAGAUCAAUAUACACAAAACAGGUAUAGUUUUCAUUGAUAUUUAUCUAUUGAUUUUUGCGUCCAUCUUUUCGGCUUUCUUUGACUUAUCUCUACUCUCUACCACUUGCAAAUUUCAAACAGUGACUUAUUUUUUCAACAUAUACAUUUAACCUUUUUUUGUCAGAUAUUUAUAUAUCUUCACUAAAUUACAAAAAAAAAACACUAUAAAGUUUAAAAUGAAUUAGACCAGACAGAGUUAUUAAAAAUUUUUUUGGUAGAAUGCAUCCAAGAGUUGAAUAUAUGCUCUGAAUGCAUGUUUGACAAAAGAUGUAUAGACAAUCUAUUGUUUUGUCAAACAUUUGACAUAAUCAGAUAAAUAAUCUGACACACUCUAAAUUAUAACAUCGGACCUGGCUUACUUAUAUGUGUCUUCUAAACCAAAAUCUAAAGUUAUUUUGGAUGUAAACGAAUUCCUUUAUAACAAAAUAAGUGCAUUCAAGGAAAAUUAAUCUACGAAUUUAGCUGAUUAAUUCAUAAAGUUACUCUCAAUUGUGUGUGUCUCUGAUCUUUUUAACUCAUAUCUUUCGCAGGGAAAUUUCAAUUGUAUGUCAAUUACAAUAAUGUCGAUCUUUUUCUCUGUAACGACGCCGGUAGGAAUCGCGGUUGGAAUGGCAAUUUCAAGCUCUUAUGAUGAUUCGAGUCCAACGGCUCUGAUCGUACAGGGAGUCCUUAACGCUGCAUCUGCAGGCAUCCUCAUCUAUAUGUCUCUAGUGGACUUUCUCGCAGCAGAUUUUAUGCACCCUAAGAUGCAGUCUAACACUAGACUUCAAAUCAUGGCUCAUAUCUCUCUUCUUGUUGGAGCAGGGGUUAUGUCACUUUUAGCUAAAUGGGCUUAAAUGGGCCUACCAUUAUGCAAUAUGGAAUUCAAAAUGACUCUA